AGCUCCGUCUCCAAACCCUAAUCGCCUCACAAUCGGCCGACAAUCAGCAGCACUCCACAUUGCGAUUACCGGCCUUUCCUUUCCCCGCGGAAAGUUCGACCAUGGUCAGCGGCGAUGGCAUUGGGAGCAACGCUUCUUCCGAUCUAGGGUUUACGCGCUCGAGACCAGGCUAAUUGAAACAAGGGGAUUAAUUACUCCGCCGCCGGCGUAAGAAUGAGGAUAUCGGGAACAGCGGCCGGGGUCCGAUUCGAGCCCGAAGACGACCAAAGCAUCACUUAUCUCCUCGAUAAGGUAAUGGGCAAUGCUUUGCCCUUCAAUCCGGUGAUCGAUUGCGACCUGUACGGUGAGGACGAGGCUUGGAAGAAGCUGUUCGUUGAAACAGGGGAGUCGGAGUUGUAUUUCUUCACCAGAUUGAGGAAGGCGAAGACGAAGAAGGGGGAAUUGGGCGGCGGCGGUAGGGUUGAGAGGACCGUUGGCUCCAAGGCCACGUGGCGGUCGAGCAAGGAUGACCCUGUUUUUCUUCCCGGCCAGAACGUCCAGAUCGGGUCGAAGCGGACUUUCACUUACCGUCCAAACCAGAGAUCGGCGGCUGCCGGCGGGGAGGUGGUGGGGCGGAGGAAGGACGGAGGAGAUGGGUUCUCGAUGACGGAGUACCGCCUCGACGGCGUACUCGGCUGCGUCGCCACGGAUCUUGUGAUGUGCUCGGUGAGAAGGAAAGAAGGAAGCAGAGCAUCCUCUGAAAUGGAGAUCAUCGACGCCGGGGUACCACCGGCGAUGGCGGCGCCGGCGGCUUCGACGGCUUGGCGUUUGCGGGCUUGUGGGUCGAUGAUGACUCAGCCGGUGAUGGGAGGAAUGGUGUCUUUGUGCUAGUGAUAGUUCGAUCUUAAUUUGCCUCCUGUUGAUUACCUCUCGGUAUCACUUGAAACAGAGGCAGAGAGUGACAUCCAUGGCUUGCCGGAUUAAAGAUUAUUUCAGAUU